AUGGCUAACAAAGUUUGCAGCAAACUUAUCAAAGGAAGGCGGUGGGUAAAGUACACGGAUGCCAAUAAGAUACCUCACGAGAGAGGUAUAUACACAAUAGGAUACAAGAACAGAGGGAAAAAGAAAGUCAAUUACCUUUACCUUGGCCAAUCCAAAGACGUCCAUGCGAGACUGAAACAACACAAAUAUGGUAUUCAACACAUUGACCAGUUUGUGAAGCGCAAUUUUCAACGGAAUGGAACAAAUCUACGUGUGAAGUGGAUCAAAGAGCCCAAACACAAGAAGAAGGAAAGUAGUUACAUCAAAUGCGUUGAGCGUAUGCUGAAUUGUAAUUUGACAUACAACAAAAGAGGUAGAGGCAAAUGAAACAUGGUAAAGACAUGUUUUAUAGGAUCUUCGGGCAAUGUUUCAUCUUUUGUAGGCUUAGAAGUUAUUCAGUUAUUAGGUGUUAGAACACUUAUACUUGAGAGUAGAAAUGAUUGCCAUGUGUAUGCACAAGACAUGCAAGUUUAAGUUUCUCUCUUGGUGGUUCAAAAAGAACAUUUUAAAUUAUGUUAGUUGAUCGGCAUAAGUUAUUUACGAAACACAAAUAGCAUUUGUUAUAAAAUAGUCCCGUUUCUUCAUUACUUCUGCUUUGUGUCUUUUGGUAGCUCCAUUAAAAAUUAGAACUGUGCGAAAAACCAAAGUUCCUAUUCGUUAUGGCACUGCAUCGCUAAUACAAAAGGCCUAAUGUGAUCAAAGGCCUUGUUUUUCUCAGUUAUCGAGACAAUGCUAAAACUGUAUCACCGUUGAUAACUGGAUAGUAAAGAGAAGCCUUUUGUUUUAAGCUUUGAAAGCUCUGUUAAGGUACACUUGAUGACCAAAUGCCCCAGAGCAAGACUAUUUUAACUUAAAAAAACUUGACGCUUCUUCAUCUUAUGACACUCACUUAAUUAGUGUCAGGCUUUAAACAAGUUCCCUGAGCUCUCUCCAUCCUUGCUAGCCGGCGUUUAGUCUUUCUUCGUCCCUUCCUUCCCUCCCUUGUUUCGUUCCCCUAAAACUGCCAAGAAAAAUGAAUUUAUCAAGUAUCUAAUCGCUGAUGGUUUUGUUAAAACGAUACAGAUGGCCCUAUUAUUUCUCUGGCGAGGACUCUAACAUUUAAAUGCAUGGUGACUGUUACUUGGUAGGGUUGCUCGUGAAGCUCAAGGACACUGAAACAAAAAUUAAAAAAACUUGAUAGUAUAAUUGUGUAGUAUAAAGUUUUAUUGAACCCGCGUUAUAUCCUUUUCUGGGGUGACUUACAGUAAAAGUGAUCCUGAAAUAAGACUGAAAUUUGAUAAACGAAAGAGGCUCCCUAAACCUCUCGUAGGAGGGAUAUAAAAGUAUUUGAAGGGUCAAGACAUUGAAAAAUAAAAAUCAACGGAUGAAUCCUCCGAGUUUGAUUGGACUAACGGCUAAGGCUAUUUAAUAUUGACAGUGGGAAAUUGUUUUAAACCUUAAUGAUGUCUUGUGUUAGUUGCCAUGCACAAAAAUCACUCGUCAGUAUUAAAGUUUAUCCCAAGAUUUAACUUUUUGGAAGAUAGGAUCCGAAGAAACAAUCUCUACCACCACUCAUGCAAGUUGACAUUGGUGCUCAAAAUCAAGAUCUGGUAACGAGAACUCAAGUUUGUUUGUGAUCCCUGAAGAGCUAGUAUCGAAGCUCUUUCCAAUUUGACUCAUUACACCCUAACAUUAGUGUUCAUAUUCUCCAUACUGUUCUCUGUACAUUUACUAAGAUGCUAACAAGGAGAAUUUGUGUAACAAUCAAGAGUUUCCUUAGUUGACCUUAAUGUGUGAUUCAGGGGUGAUAUUGUAAGGAGAAAUUAGAUGCUAGUCACUCCUAAGAGUUAAAGGGUUAAUCCAGAAGAUCGACGUCUGUCUCCUUUGCUAACUGAGUAAAAAAGAUAUUGAGGUCAAGAAAUCAAAAUAAUUGAGAAGAUACUUAAAUCAAAAGAAAUUAAUCGUUCACCGUGACCAGUUACGAGAAAAAUAGGUCUGAAAGAUCUAGAGAAGGCAAGCUGCCAAUAAAUAGACAGACACAUUUCCACAGGCUACACAUUGUAAUUUAUGACCUUUUAUUAUCCAAAUGUAACGCGCGAAACAAAAUCUGCCAGAAAACAAUUUUUUUCUUAAGCUUAAUUUAUUCAAACCAUUGGCAAUUUAGUUGUUAGACAGAAUGCUUCGCUUGAAAUCAUACAUGAAGCAUGCGGGCAAUAUCAAUUUCAGACAAGUUCAAAGUUCAAACCCUUGUCUUGAGUACACUGGCAAUAUUGCACCUUGUCGUCGCAAUCAUUUACUAAAAUGUACGAGUUCGGACACAAGACCCAACCAGAAGUUUUAAACACUACAGUCCUGUUGAUUUUAGCAACGACGUAUCACUGGCACCGUGGUCCAUAGUUGAUGUUUUCGACGAUGUCGAGGACAAACUUUAUGCACUCGAUUCGCUAUUUACUGAGAUACUCGACCGCCAUGCUCCAAUUAAAACCUUCAAAGCACGCUGUAAACCAAAUCCAUGCGUAACAGACAACAUCCGGGGAUUGAUGAAGACCAGGGAUGAUUGGCGUAAGAAAGCAAAGAAAACAAAUGAUCCGCUAUCUUGGACUGCCUACAGAUAUUUCAGACAGGAAGUAAAGAGGGAAAUCAGAAUUGCUGAACAGGAAUUUGUGGCCCAACAAAUCCAGAGGAAUCCAAAUAACACCAAUAAUAUCUGGAAAGCAAUUCGCCAGUGCAUCCCCUGCAAAUCUACAUCUCAGCGAACAUACAGUAAGAGCGACAAAGCUGUUGCAGACGAAUUUAAUCAGUUUUUCGUAUCUGUUGGUCAGAGCACUGUUGACAAAAUUACGUCCCUGGCUAAUGAAUGCAACCUAACACUUAAUCAGAAUUAUUUUGUACCGAGACAAUACGCUCUCUCUGACCAGUUCACACUGAGUACCAUUGAUUAUAAACAAAUAGAACGUAUAAUAGCAGCGAUGCCUUCAAACAAGGGCCCCAGGGAUAGACAAAAUCCCGAUUCGUGUCAUCAAGGAUUGUCUUAAUCCAAUUGUUCACCCAAUAACGUCUAUCGUUAAUGCAUCCUUUCAAAACUGUGUUUUUCCAUCAAAAUGGAAGACAGCUGUGGUUACACCAAUCCAAAAGAGGGCGACCAGGAACAGGCAAACAAUAAUAGACCCAUCUCACUUACACCAGUCUUAUCAAAGGUUUGCGAAAGGGUAGUACAUAAUCAGCUCACCUCGUAUCUGCAAUCGAAUGACACCCUAUCAAAGAGCCAAAGCGGUAACAAGAGAUGGCAUUCGUGUGAAACGUCUGUGAUUGAAACAACUGACACAAUUCUUAACGCGAUUGACAAAAAGAAGUUAACGGCAGUUGUUCUAUUAGAUAUGAGCAAAGCCGUCAAUCGAGACCGGAAACAUGCUAUCGGAUAAAGUAUGUUGUUGUUGUUGUUGUCGAGACCGGAAACAUGCUAUCGGAGAAGGUUGCAUCAUUUGCCAAGAGGAAUCUGCUGUGCCAGCGCUUUCAGUUUUGAACAAAAAUGUCCCUUGAUGUAAAGAUAAACAAUUGAACUUUGUAGGGGAUAUUUCCCUUAUUUGUUUCUUGCCAACCAAAAGUUGACAUGAAGUGGUGUUUAUAUUUCUGAGGCUUCGGCGCCAACAUUCAAAUCGGCAAAGAAGAAAACAACGCAGAGUUACUUGAGUUUAAGGUAUGAUAUUUCCGUCUGAUCUUAAUUUCUACUCCUUGUUCUCGAUCUCGCUCUCGUUAUUGUUCUCCUCUUUCCAGCAUAUAUGCAUUUUGUUCAUUGAACAACUUUAUGGAUUUAAUGCGCUGGAGUCUGAAUAGCUCUUACGGGAUCAAUAUUCAAAGUGAAAAGUUGAGUCAGCUUAAGCGCACUAAACUUCGUGUUCAGACAAAUUUUGUUGUCUUUUUGAAAAAUCCCGAAUGAAAGCCUACUAUCUCAUCAAAAAUUCCAAGCGAGAGACUAUCCAUCGACCAGUAGGCAGAUUUUUUUCUAAUCAGGUCGAAUAUGAAGUUUCUGAGAAAAUAAUCAUUGUGACCAUUUCCUAGAAAAGCAAAAACAAAUACUCAACGAUAAAAGUCAGUUACGGGAAAGUCCCUUUCCUUUCCAGCCAAUAAAACUCGAGAUGUUGUAAUGAAAGAGUUUUCUCAUUGGCCAGCCAACACAGUUUCAUUUUCAUAAAAGGAAGUGUUAUAUGUUUAGCCGCACACUCUGACAAAGUACAAACACAGUUCAAGGGAGAAAGGUAAGCUUACUUUUGGGGCACUGUCGUUCGUUUGGGCGGGAAACAGUUUAGGAGAGAAGGGGCAAAUUCUAAAUUUGCACAGUUAAGCUAUGUUUGUAGAUUUCUGUCUAUCCAUGAGUAAAUGUAAACUUCAAUGAUUUGAAAACGUUCUCGGCAGAAAUAUUUAGCGAUAAUUACUGCAAUGAUGACAUACUUUUAAGCUAAGUAAGAAAUUGUUCUCGAUUGACAAAACUCAUAAAGCGUGAUAACUGUAGUGGUUGACUAAGACGUUUGCAGUAUUUUUGCGCGAACGAGUACGUGUUACUCGUUCUUUAGAUUUAUAGAUAUUGUAACGAGUCUAAAUGCUUUUUACCGAAUCAAUGUUCACAGUAAAGAGAAGACAUUGAAGCUCGAGACGUUGAAACUAACACACAUGUAUCAGCUUCUACCGAAGUUCAACACCUUCCCGUGCUAUUUCAGUUCUAAAAUCUAGAAAUCCAAUACCAGGAACUGCUUUCUAUCUAAAAGAGGCGUUUGGAAACCUCGAGACGCUCAUCCUGGUAAGCUUAUUGUCACUUCACUGAAUUACUUCUUUAAAAUUUUCUUUCAGAAGUCCACAGAAAGCUUAAAGCACCAAUAAGGUAAGCAAAUUUUGAUGUUCUUGUUUUUUAGAAUCUAGAUUGUGUCCUGGGAGACUCACGAUUAAUAAUUAAUAAUAAUUACAUUUAUAUAGCGCAGACCUCUACUUGGAUAUAUUCAGUUUCAAUGGUGUAACAUGACAGAAUCUUUGUGUUCCCGUGACCAACCGAGCUGCGACAUUCUGUAUCCGAUCUAACUUAAAUCAGUUUUCAGCUGAAUAGUUUCCUCUGAAUACUGUUUGGCUGACAAUUUCAUGUGUUUGCUUGGUUUUUGUUUAGCUUCGAACUGCGCGCGGUUUUGUUCAAACCAAACAAUGAACGUUCAGAACGUAACAGAUUAGAUUUAUGCGGAAACAUCUGAAGCUCAAACUGUUGAGAACAUUGUGUGAUUGAUGUCUUUGAAUUCUUUGGCCCCGAACAUGACAUUUAUUUUGAGUAAGUCACGCUAGCAGGAAGUGACAUCGUCGUCCUCAGCAAUAAGGGUUCUUGACCUACGGCACUAGCCAAAAAGUAAGUGGGCUCGGGGGCUCAGGAGACGUUAUUGUGGAAGUUUCAGCAGAUCUCGACGAGGAGAGAAGCGAUUGUCUUUUCCUCGCGCGCACGAUAGAGCGCGCGCCUUUCGUAAAUGAAAUCUGAGCUCCAUUUUUAGCCUGAUAGGAGGCACACGAGAGCAGGUUUCCUCAAAUAAGUGCGUCCUAUUAAUCAUAGUACGUGUGCUUAAUCAUACUAACAUUUUCAUUUUCUAUGCGUAGCGUUUGUGUUUAAGAUGGUAUCAAACAUCUGCACCAGACUGCUAAAGAAAGAGUGGAGGCUUUAUGAACUCGAUCGAGUUCCUCACCUUGAGGGAAUUUAUAUCAUCGGAAUAACCGGAAGAAAUAAAUCGGAUUCCUAUGAGGAAACAAACGUUUUGUACGUUGGUCGUACAAAUGACGUCCACAGACGGCUAGGGGAGCACACCAGACAAAACCUUAAGAUCGACGAGUUUGUGAAGAAUCAAUUUGAGAAGAACAAGGGGAAAGACUUACGAGUUAAGUGGAUCGAAGAAAAAAAUGACGACCAUACUGAAAAGGAAUACAUAGACUGUAUUGCCAAGAAACUCGGGUAUUGGCCUGAAUAUAACAUUAGGCGGUAAAUAUUUUGCAAAGGUUUCGUACCAUAGUCAAGAUAUGGCGUCUUUGUUCGCUACCUCACUAUAAUAAUCUGACCCAACUAAAAUUAACUUAAUAUCGUUGAUUUAACUUAUGCACAUUGUUCCUUAAAGAUAUCUCCUAUUGUAUGACAGUGCAUUUAAAUCAUUUAGUAAUGCCUUUUAUUAUCGUUUGAUUCUUUCAUUACUAUCAUUGUGAAGAGUAGCUAAAUCAUUUUUCGAAUGAUCAUGUUUUAAUUUUGCUCGCGGAAACAUUAUUUCUUGCCUGUUAGACGAUGUGAAUUCACAUAUAUUGAAUACAUUUACUAGCACGCCUGUAAUCACAUGCAGAUAUCUAUGAAAUAUUUUUUGAGCCCUUUUGAUGAUGCAAAUGUAUUUUAACUUAUACAUUUUUUUCUUACGAUGAUCAAUAAAAUUUAUUCAGGU